CGAACAUGUCCGAGGGCGCAGCGUUCUCCCAGCAGCAACAGCAGCAGCAGCAGCAGUUCAGCUUCCCUACGCAGGACGAGUACGGCUACCAGCCGCAGCCACAGGCGCAGGCGCGCCCGGGCGCGCGGACGCGAUCGUCUACGGAGUCCGUGCCAGCCGCAGACGCGAUCCCGCAGCAGCGCUUCCAAUUCGCAGAGUACCGCCAUCCCGACCAGCUCGUCGCGCCCGCACCUGUGCCGUCGGCGUACACCGGCCCGGGCAGCACGCCGACGAGCAGCUUCUCGUCCUCGCCGGUCUCGUGGGCGGACCAGAGCCAGAGCGAGCACACUGCGACGCAGCCGGCGGGCUCGGGGCGCAAGCAGGGCGGCGCGGCGAAGCAGACAGCUGGCCAGAAGCAGACAGUUGCUGGCCAGAAACAUCCCGGAGCAUGCAAACAUUGCAAGAAGCUCAAGAUGAAAUGUGACUUCCCCAAGGGCGAGAACAUGUGUCGGCGGUGCAAGUCCGGUGGGAUCCCCUGCAUUGUCGAGGGUCGCAAGCCCCGGAAUGCACCCAACAAACGCGAGUACCUGCUCGCGCAGAUUCGCCAGAAGGACAUCAUCAUCGAGAAGCUGCUCCGUGAGCUGCACAACCCCUAUGCCGCGACCCCGCUCUCCAUCGCGUCCUACCGCCUGGCAACGUCACCUUCCGAUCAGCAAAACCGCAAUGUCAUGGCGUGGUUAGACCGCCUCGAGGAGAGUGUGCAGGCUGCAGGCAGGUCAGGCGGCGUGGAGGCGUUCAAGAUCGAGUCUCGCCAGCGCGCUGCUGCGGGCGAUCACGACGAUGAGUCUGACGAAGAAGGAGACACCGAGCGUGGCAGUGCGAAGGAGGGCGACGAUGAUUUGGAUGCGGAGGCCAAGCUUCAGUCCUUGCCAGAUGCGACAGUCCCCCUCGGCUUGCUCGCUCACCUCUCGUUGGAUAACCCGAGGGCGAAGAAAGGGAAGAAGCGAACGGGUGCUGACGACAGCGAGAACGAGGACGUGGGCGUCGCCAGCAAGUCAUACUUUUUGCCAGGACCUGCAUUUGAUCUCUCCAUCCGCGCGUCGUUGAUUGAGAACCACAGCCCGCCCGAAAUCCUGGUCCAUGGUCUGGUCACACCAGACGACGUCGACAAGCUGUUUGACAUUUUCUACACCCGUUUGAAUGUCCAUGUUACGUUGCUUGAUCGGGAAAUCCACACCGUCCAAUCCACCUUCGCCCGCUGCCCCUUCCUGUUUACCGUUGUUUGCGCCAUUUCCUCCCGCUAUUACAAGGAUAAGUCCGAAAUCUAUCCCAUUGCGAUGCACUUCGCUCGGCGUGCGGCGGCGGACGGCCUGCUGAACGGUUGGAAGUCGGUCGAGCUUGCGCAGGCGUACAUCCUCCUCAGUACCUAUGCCGUCCCCGCACGAAGGUGGGAAGAGGACCGAAGCUGGCUAUACAUUGGCCUGGCAAUUCGAAUUGCGACAGACUUGAACCUUCAUCAACUGUCGACUGUGAAGCCAAGGAACGACCAACACAGGCGUGAGAUACUCAACCAAGAGCGACUUUGGUUGAUAUGCCACAACCUCGAUCGCUCAAUGGCCACACAGUUUGGAAAGCCGUCGACGAUUAGAGAGGACUAUAUCAUCCGGACCUCCGAGAACUGGUACAAGAAAUCACCGCUGAAUCACCCAUGGGACUGCGGCCAGUCAUCUUAUACGCAGCUUCUCCGGAUAAUGACUCGCUUCCACGAGGAAAUAUACUCGGAUCCGACUACGCCCACUGGACUGAAUACGAGCCUCGACCUCCGCGAAGUGUCCGUUCGGCAUGACGAAAGUCUCACUCGUUACUUCGAAGAAUGGACUCGGCGAUUCAAAGAAGACACUGACCUGCAAGGUAAGUGGUUGCGGUAUGCUUCCGUAUUCCUCACGAGCUACUCGCGACUGGUCAUGUACUCAUUUGGCUUCCAACAAGCGUUCAAGCGCGGCAUUCGGCCUGAGGACCAGAUGUUCCUAGAUAAUUGUUUCCAGGCCGCGAAAUCUGUGAUCUUGUGUAUGAUCGAUACACUAUGCCCGAGCGGGUACAUGCGCUUCUCGCCGGAUGGUCAUUUUAUUUUCGCGUCAUUUGCAUCCGCCUUCCUUCUCAAGUUGAUGCGUCCCGAGUUCAAGUCGCUCGUCACAUCCGCUCAAGAGUCAGAGAUCUUCGAUUUGAUUGGCCGGCUUAUCCAGACCCUGAACAGCCCUGAAAUCUCCAUCGACGAGCGCCACACGCCCAAGCUGCAUGCGCGCUUCCUCGCGGGACUGCUCACCAAGCACCGGAGGGAUGUUGCAACAGCCGGUCGCAUCCAAACGCAGCAGCAGCCGCCUAAUGCACAAGUCUCGCCGCAGGGUCAACCCAGCUCAUCUGGGAGCACCCACACCUUCUCGACCAGUGGGAGUGCGGCGGGAAGCCCCGGCGAGACUGUGUUCUCCGGUGGUGGCAUGGGCUACGCUGGAGAGGGGCAUCUCAUUCUUGGCGCAGGGCAAGGAGAGCCCGUAUACCAGGAGGACACUGCGUACGCUGUGGGGACGGGCCCGAUGGAGGUGUUCGACUUCGCGGGUGUGGCAGGACAGGGCAUCGAAACUCUGGGUGCUCUAGCGGCUCUGCAGAAUCCGUCGUAUUGGCGGGAUAUGAUGAUGCCUGGGUACACCUGGUCCGAGAACAACGACUCUUAUGGUCUGAAUGGGAACGUAGGCGGAUUCGGGCAGAAUUUCGGGGCGCUCCAGACGGAGGUCGGUCUCUUCGGGUAGGUCUUCACGAACAGUGCCCGAGUCAUGUCCGAGUCGUUUCGGAGAGAAGGUUUCUGCCCUCCGGUCACUUUGCCCAGAUUCAUGCAUCAAUCACACGAAAUAACGUCACGCACAUAUCAUCCACAUUUCUCUAUGGUUCGUAAGAUCUUCUUGUCUUUCUUGUAGAUGAAUUGGCGAGCGUCGCGCGUCUCUGCGUGCAGCGUUCGUCAAUUCAAGAUUUGUGACUCGUCUAGCAUCGUACAUUGUAGCUACUAUUCCAUACUAUCGUCAUCGUCGGCUGUAAAGUAAAGCUUCUCGUGUAUUCAAUGUCGCAAAUGUUUCUUCUCAUGGUAUGCUCCUACGGCGUUAUCAGCAUGUGAGGGUAAACGGGCAGUUUCCAGCGUAUGUACCGCCCCCUUCAUUACGUUAG